CUCAGAUUUCUCCACGUGACAGUUAUGAGCUUAAAAAGGUCAGACAACUGUGCAAACGGCCCCACAAACGACACGUGGGCCAACCGAUCCUUAGCUCAACUCUGUGGUGCGCCCUCUCUCUCUCUUCUCCUCUUCAUCAAUCUUUCUCUAAUCUCUAUAAAUCCAGUACUAUUCGGUAAUCCGCUUCAAUUUUCUAAAAUCCUCGAUCAAGAAAACGUUUCUUCUCUCAUAAUGUCCUCUCUGCAACUUCCUGGUUGCAGGAAAGCUCUCCGUCCCCUCCGUCCGGCAACUUCUUCGUCUUCCUUCUGGGGCAGAGAUCUGUGCUUCGUCAAUGCCGUCUCCUUCUCCAUCUCCAAGAAAGAGAAUAGUAAGAUUCUUCGCCUUAGUAAAAGAACUGUUAGGGUUUACGCAAUGUCCUCUAACGGUAGCGGUUCCUCCUUCAAGAUGAAUCUCAAUGAGUACAUGGUUACUCUUGAGAAACCUUUCGGUAUUCGCUUUGCUCUCUCUGUCGACGGCAAAAUAUUGGUUCACGCUCUCAAGAAAGGGGGUAAUGCGGAGAGGUCCAGGAUAGUUAUGGUGGGUGACACUUUGAAGAAGGUCACCAAUUUGUCUAGCGGCAGGCUUGUUGUGUUCAGUGAUUUAGGGGAUGCACAGAAGAUGCUGAUGGAGAAGAAUGGAUCUUUUAGCUUGAUCCUCGAGCGACCCUUUUCGCCUUUUCCAAUUCACCAUUUACAAGCUUUGACUGAUAUAGACUUGAUGUUCAAUCGAGGGCGUGUUCCUAUUGCUACUUGGAACAAAACUAUCCUAUUAUCAAAUUUGAAAACUUCUUCUGAAGGGAGUGGAAACUCUGGUUUCAUAGCAUUUUCUUCCAAGUUUUUGACACCCAAUGGAUGGAAACUUUUGAAUGAUCAACAUGGAUAUAUAGGAUCACCAGCAGAGAAAACCCUUCAAACCCCCGUGAGCAACUUUGUUUGUGUUUUUUCUGAAGGGGAGUCUGAAGAUGGAGAAUGGGCUUAUGGAAGCUUUCCCCUGGAUGAGUAUAUCAAUGCACUACAUCGUUCUAAAGGCGAGCUAUACUACAAUCAAGCGCUUGGUACUAAUUACAGUAAGAUUACUGAGCAAAUAUAUGUCGGGUCUUGUGUACAAACAGAAGCUGAUGUGGAAAAGUUGUCAAGAUUGGGAGUCACUGCUGUUCUCAAUUUCCAGAGUGGCAUUGAAGCUGAAAACUGGGGAAUCAAUUAUGAUUCAAUCAAUGAGUCAUGCCAAAGAUUCAAUAUUCUUAUGAUCAACUAUCCCAUAAAAGAUGCAGAUUCCUUUGACUUGAGGAAGAAAUUACCAUUUUGUGUGGGGCUUCUAUUGCGCUUGUUGAAAAAGAAUCACCGUGUAUUUGUCACUUGUACAACUGGCUUUGAUCGAUCUCCUGCUUGUGUGAUAGCGUAUCUUCACUGGAUAACUGAUACAUCCCUUCAUGCCGCUUAUAACUUCGUCACUGGAUUGCACUCAUGCAGACCUGAUAGAGCGGGAAUUGCUUGGGCAACAUGGGAUCUAGUCGCUAUGCUGGAAGGUGGCAGACAUGAUGGACCAGCAACACAUGCUGUGACUUUUGUGUGGAAUGGUCAAGAGGGAGAAGAUGUAUCUCUGGUUGGAGAUUUUACUGGAAACUGGAAAGAACCAGUGAAGGCAAGUCACAUGGGUGGUCCAAGAUAUGAAGUUGAAGUUAGACUUCCCCAAGGAAAGUACUACUAUAAGUACAUCGUUAAUGGGCAAUGGCGGCAUUCAACAGCUUCACCAACAGAAAGGGAUGAAAGGGGAAAUGUCAACAAUAUAAUUAUGAUUGGUGAUAUUGCAAGUGUGAGGCCUUCUAUUCGACAACAAAAGAAGGACGCCAACAUUAUCAAGGUGAUUGAGAGGCCAUUGACAGAAAAUGAACGUUUUAUGCUGGCAAAAGCGGCUCGUUGCAUUGCAUUCUCGGUCUGUCCAGUCAGAUUAGCUCCAAAGUAAUUGAGCAUUUAAUGUCAUCCCUGACAACUUACUCUGCAUACUUCCACGGCUACAUAGAUUCAACAUUCGUCUGGGAAGUCUAAAAUUACUAUACCAAUUGUAAAGACUUCACUGUUGCCAAUUCCUUUGAACAGGAAGAUUUUUGUUAUGUGACAUAUCCAUAGAAAUAGAACAUGUUGUAAUAGUACCUUGAAUGUUGAUGUAUGAGCAAUCAAAAGAUGCCCCUCAAGAUUAAUGGAUUAGUAGUUACAGUA